GGAGCGGGGCGCGCGCUGGCGGCGGGAGUAGGGCGCCCCCUGCCGGAGAGCGCUGAGGGAAGGGGGCCCCGCGGGAAGGGAUCUGUGAGGGCCGCGCCUGCAGCGGGGGUGACACCAUGGGCCCUGUGCGAUCCCUGUCCGCCCCCGGCGCUGCCCCGAGCCCGAGGAAGGCCGAGGAUGAGGAGCAGGAGCGUUUAUUGCCCAGCCAGGAGCCCGGGGAGGACGCGGCCAGGAUUCCCUACAUGGAAUUCGCGGGCCAGGACAGCAUCACCUGUCCCACCUGCCAAGGCACCGGCCGCAUCCCCACAGAGCAGGUGAACGAGUUGGUGGCUCUGAUCCCCUACAGCGACCAGCGGCUUCGUCCUCAGAGAACGAAGCUCUAUGUGCUGCUCUCAGUGCUGCUCUGCCUGCUGCUGUCUGGCCUGGGGGGUUUCUUCCUGUUCCCCCACUCCGUGCUGGUGGACGAUGAUGGCAUCAAAGUGGUCCAGGUGUGGUUUGACAGGAAAAACUCCGCAGUCCUCCUGGCCAUCACGGCCACCCUGAGGAUCAGGAAUUCCAACUUCUACUCGGUGACAGUGAGCAGCCUGAGCAGCCAGGUGCAGUACAUGAACACCGUGGUGGGCAGCCAGCAGCUCACCAACGUCUCCAGCAUCCAGCCCCUGAGGGACAAACUGGUGAAUUUCACCGUGAAGGCAGAGCUGGGUGGAUCUCUGUCCUAUGUCUAUUUUUUCUGCACUUUGCCCAAGGUGAAGGUCCACAACAUCGUGAUCCUCAUGAGGACCUCGGUGAAGCUCUCCUACAUCGGGCACAGCACCCAGAGCGCCCUGGAGACCUUCCACUACCUGGACUGCAGCUCCAACUCCACGGGGGCACCCUGAGGGGCUCGAGAGGACAAACAGGGACAGACCUGCAGCCCCGGGGCCCUUUGGAGCCCUGCUGGGGGCUGCUCCUUCCCUUCCUCUUUGGGAAGGAAUCUGGAGCUUUCCCUCCCGAAUUAAGGGCUGAAAUCCCAAAGAUUUACGGGGUUUGCACCUGUUCUGGAAGCUUGGCACCGUCAGGGUGUUCUGGGGGAAAUGGAUUCGAUUUUUGCGAGUAAAUGAGUUUGUUUUUUCAGAGGAGGUGAAUUUAUUUUCCUGCUCAGUGUUGCCAGCACCUCAGGACCCCAAAAAAGGGACAGUUCCCACCAGGAAUGCUGCUCUGUUACACCCUGGAAGGAGGCAAAGGAACCCAAACCUUUGGAAUUAAUUUUUCCUGCUUUUUCCCCUGUGGCUCCGACCCCUUUGGCAUCCAGAGGCUCUUCCCUGGGGUUUGAAAUCCGGGAAUUUGCUGCUUUUUGUGCUCCACUUCCCAAAGCAGCGGGGAUUGGAGGGGGUUCUGUGGGAGGCUGGGAUUCCAAGGCCUCCCUGCCGGGAGCUGGACAUUCCUGCCGGCCGCUAUCCCGAGGAAAAUCCAGCUGCCAGCUCGGCCCCCGCAGCCCUUUGGCAUUUUGCCCCUUUUUGGGAGUUUUUUUCUGGAAGUUCAGCCCUUGUUUCCCGUGGGAUUUGGGAGCCAGGCACAGCUACAGGUGAGGGAACCCUUCCUCAGUGGAAAAAUUACUGGAUUUUUGGGUGACAGUGGCACAAAAUCCAUGCUUUGCUCCCUUUUCCAGCAGGAGAUUCCUGCCCCUACGGCGUUUUUAGGGCUGAAUCCUCCAUUAAACCUGGUUUGGAUCUUUC